AUGCUUCCUUUCGGAGGAGGAUUCGGCGGCGGCAUGGGAGCUUUCGGCGGCGGCGGCGGCAUGAACCCUCUCGGAGGUGGAAUGAACCAACCCGGAGGAGGAGGCGGGCUCGAAGCCCAACUGGCCCAGAUCGACCACCAAAUCGAUCGUAUCUGGAACCGCGGUAUGGAGAGGGGCUACAUGACCAUGGCGACUUACCAGCGGUACAUGAGGCUCUGCAAUGAGGGCGACCAGCUGGAGCAGUACAUCAUGAUGCAGCAGCAGCAGCAGCCGCAACAACAGCAGCAGGGUCCCGGCCUGGCUACUAUGCUCGGUUUUGGUCGUGGUCAGGGACAAGGCGGUGCGGCUGGGGCAGCUGCUGGAGGAGGACAGCCCGGUCAAGGCCAGGGCGGUCCUGCUGGAGGAGCUGCAGGAGGCUUCGCUGCAGGUGGAGCGGCUCCUCCAACUAGAGCUCAAUGCGCAGCGACGAUGCGAAACUUGGUCCGUGGAGGGGGAGGCGGCGGACAGUUCGACUUUGGCGCUGGUGCUGGAGCUCAGCAGCAGCCGCAGCCGCCAGCGCCGGGAGGCGGAGCGGGCGGAGCUGGUGGGCAAGGAAGCGGACGCGGUGGUGGAGAAAGCAGACGCGGCGGAGGUGGUGGAGGCGGUGGAGGCGGUGGUGGAGGGGAAUAUGAUCCCAACGUCCUGGGAGAUAUCUUUGCACCGUGGAAUUAG